AUGGCUUCCAAAUGCCUGAAGGCCAACUUCUCCUCUGGGUCCCUCAAGAGCCCAGGCGGGGCUGGAGGGGGCUCCACACGCGUGUCCGCCAUGUACUCCAGCGGCUCUUGCAAGCUGCCCAGUCUCUCCCGUGGAAGCCGGAGUUUCUCCGUGUCCUCGGCUGGGCUGGGCAGAGGCAGCUACCGAGCUGCCAGUUGCCUCCCUGCCGGAGGAUUUGCCACCAGCUAUGGCAUGGGCGGGGGCUGGUUUGGAGAGGGCAUCUUCACUGGCAGCGAGAAGGAGACCAUGCAGGUCCUGAAUGACCGCCUGGCCAGCUACCUGGAGAAGGUCCGGCAGCUGGAGAGGGAGAACGCCGAGCUGGAGCAGCGCAUCCGCGAGUGGUGUGAACAGCAGGUGCCCUACAUGUGCCCCGACUUCCAGUCUUACUUCCGGACCAUGGAGGAACUCCACAAGAAGACCUUGUGCAGCAAGUCUGAGAAUGCCAGGCUGGUGGUGGAGAUUGACAAUGCCAAGCUGGCUGCCGACGACUUCAGGACCAAAUAUGAGACGGAGCUGUCCCUGCGGCAGCUGGUGGAGGCCGACAUCAACGGCCUGCGCAGGAUCCUGGACGAGCUGACGCUGUGCAAGUCUGACCUGGAGGCGCAGGUGGAGUCCCUGAAGGAGGAGCUGCUGUGUCUCAAGAAGAACCACGAGGAGGAAGUGAACUCGCUGCGCUGCCAGCUUGGCGACCGGCUCAGCGUCGAGGUGGACGCCGCUCCUCCAGUGGACCUGAACCGGGUCCUGGAGGAGAUGAGAUGCCAGUACGAGACCCUGGUGGAGAACAACCGCCGGGAUGCAGAGGACUGGUAUGACGCCCAGACUGAGGAGCUGAACCAGCAGGUGGUGUCCAGCUCAGAGCAGCUGCAGAACUACCAGGCGAACAUUAUCGAGCUGAGACGCACCGUCAACGGCCUGGAGAUCGAGCUGCAGGCCCAGCAGAGCAUGAGAGACGCUCUGGACUCCACCCUGGCUGAGACAGAGGCCCGCUACAGCUCCCAGCUGUCUCAAAUGCAGUGCCUGAUCACCAACGUGGAGUCCCAGCUCUCGGAGAUCCGGGCUGACCUGGAGCGGCAGAACCAGGAGUACCAGGUGCUGCUGGACGUGCGGGCCCGGCUGGAGUGUGAGAUCAACACGUACAGGGGUCUGCUGGAGAGCGAGGACGGCAAGCUUCCCUGCAACCCAUGUGCCCCAGAUCAGUCUUCCUCCAAGCCUCGCCUCCUGUGCCUCCCAGCAGCCUCCUGCAGUCCUGGCCCAACCCCUCUAACCUGCAGUCCCCGCCCUGUUUGUGUGCCCUGCCCAGGAGGCCGGUUCUGA